AUGGCAGUAUUAGACCAGAACUACCCCGACUGGAAGGAAAUUUCUGAAGGACUCAAUUCUUCCGGAGCAGAUAUAUUGAAAAUAUUGACUGAGCCUUCGCCAAAUAUCAGCGAAAUUCUGAGCCUUCUACCAAGCGAUAAAAUCAAUACUUCGGCUCUCACCGGCAUUCUUGAGACUCUCCUCAAUGGUGUUCCGAAUGGUGAGCAGGAAAUCCACGUUUGCUCGAGGGGAAUCUAUACACCGACUCAAAACGACUUCUGCUCGUAACUAUCUUAAACUAUCAGCGUGUGCUUCUGAUUCUCAGGAGUGCAACUUAUUCAAGCCUAGCAAACUGAAAGUGAUAUUUUUUCCUUCAAAAUACCCUCCCGCCCCCUUCCACUGAUUUCAAUUGAACACGUUUUUUAACCCCAAAGAAAAACUAUGAGUGAAAAAAAAAAACCACUACCAGCCUUAUCAAUCUUUUUUCCAGACAUCACAACAGAAGGACCAAGGCGUUUUUCAAAACGUCCUGACAAAGACGACGGGGGGCUUCCGGUAAAAUGAAUUUUCGUUUUGUUUCUCGAUUUUGAAAUUAAGAUUGGCUCCCCUGGAGAUGGUAGUCCUUUCGGCGGUCCAAAGAAAGAUGACAACCGAACGAGUUUAACAACCCCUGCUGACCCAAUAAAAGGGAAUGAAACAGGUUGGAGCUGACAUCCUAAGCUGACAAUAUAAGUUUAUUGAAAGUCUUCUUGUAAAACACUUUCUACACUAAAUUGACUUUUUUAGAGUAUCAAUACGUAUCUGGUUAACCGAAACCAUACCCUUCGAGAAAAACCCAACUAAAAAAUAAAUUUGAAGGUCUAACGAUACCAACCAUUACUACACCGUCUCUAACCACUUUCACGGUGAGAUGAAUAUUUUAGAUAGGAAUGAAAACUUUGAAUUAAGAUCACUCCACCGCUGAACUUGACAACUCCUGAAACCUUCCCAAGAAACACAAGUAAAACAUAAUUCAUCAAAAUCAUGAGAACCGAAAAAGAAUUCAGAUGGUCCACGCACGAGAAAAACUGACGGCACUCCUGGUGUGGAUAUUCCUGGAUCAAUCCUCCCCACCAACACAACCAUUCCGGAAGAGCCACAAAAGAAUCCUGAAAGCACGCCUGCCAAUGUUGGAAACGUCGAUUCUGGAUCGACACCAUCUCCAAACACGACUUCAAACAGUCCAAACCCAACAACUCCAAAAAGUUUACCAGGAAUUCCUGGCGAUGUGAAAAACGACGAUCCUUUUUCUCCCAACACGACUUUAAUCAGUCCACUCCCGACGGCUGCAAAUCCAGCGGAAAAUCCUGGCAGCACUCCUGCCGAUGAGAAAGACGGCAAUUCUGGAUCGACUUCCUCUCCAAACACGACUUCGAUCAGUCCAAUCCCAACAGCUCCAAAUCCACCGCAAAAUCCAGGCAGCACUCCUGGCAAUGAUAAAGACGUCGAUUCUGGAUCGAAUUCCUCUCCAAACACGACUUCGAUCAGUCCAAUCUCGACAGCUCCAAAUCCGCCGGAAAAUCCAGGCAGCACUCUUGCCGAUGACAAAGAUGCCAACUUCGGAUUGACUUCCUCUCCAAACACGACUUCAAUCAGUCCGAUUUCGACAGCUCCAAAUCCACCGGAAAAUCCUGGUAGCACUCCUGGAGAAAAAGACGCCGAUUCCGGAUCGACAUCAUCUACCAACACGACUUCAAACAGUCCCUCCACGACACCCAUGACAAUCACGACAGCUCCAAAAGGACCACAAGGAAAUCCCGACAGCACUCCUACAAAUGAUUCCGGACCCACUUCAUCUACCAACACGACUUCAAGCAGCCCAACUGUACCAACUCCGAAUCCUCCGGAAAACGUUACCAAUUCUGGAUCUACUCCAUCUUUUGACGCGACUUCGAACCCUCCAUCUACGACAGCUCCAAAAGACUCUGACAAUACUCCCGCCAACGAUGUAACUACUGGACCGACUCCUUCUUCCAACACAACGAUAAAUCCUCCAGCUACCACGAUUCCAACCAGCCAGGGAACCUCAUCAGAACCUACCACCACUACAAAAAAGAGCGAAGAAACCUCCGAACCUCAGAAAAAUACACCAGAAUCGACCGCAGGAAAUGUAAGCUUUUUUCUUUUUUGAAACAUCAUUUUCCCGCCAAAUUUUUUUUCACUUUUGCUACAUGUUACUAAGGUCUCAUGAACUGACUACAAACCAUCUGAAAAUCUUUCUUCUAACGUACAAAAACUUUCAGGGAGCUACAACCGAACCAGCAACUACCAUUCCAACGCCAGAAGCUGGAGGCGCUUCAGGAAAUCCAGAGGUUCCUUUUUCUCUUCUUUUUCAAGCUUCGUGAUUUUCAGACCACGAAUGCUCCAGUGACUACUCUUCAGAGUGAAAACACGACAAGUUGGUUUUUCUAAGUUAAAGAAUAUAAUAAAUAUACAGCCACCACCACAACUCAAAACCACGCAAAUGGAUCAACUCCAGGUGAUUCUGCUACCCCAACGACGCCAACUACAGCCACGACAGACUCUGGUACCUUCCUUUGAAAAAAAUUAUGAAAAAAUCCUCAGACUCGACAGGAACCACAAGUUGGCCAGUCAAGUUUGAUCUGACAGGAACGACGAGGGACAUGGGGAACGGCUUAUAUGUAAGUUAUUGAUUUUUUUUUUUGAAAGACGUAAAAGUUCCCUAACUUUAUUCUAAAGCUCAAUAAAUUGUGUCAAGUGACCAAAUUCUCCCUCAGCCAAGCCUAACUUGCGUUAACUUUAACCUUCUCUCCUGAAACCAUCUUAGCAAAAUCCUUAGAUGGUGGUAAAGCAACCCGAGAAAUGGCUUUGUCUGCACAUUAUUUUACAGACCUUAAAACGACUUUAAGUUGUUAUAAUAAGAGUGACCUCACAUUAGGACUGAUUAUUCCAAUUACAGCUCAUCUCCGAAAGCUUGAACACCACGGAGAAUUGCACGACGAUUCUCUAUCAACUGUAUGAAUUCCGAAACGGGACCCGAUUCUACAAACAAACAGCCGAUCCUCAUGGCUGUGUGAGUUUGAAGCUUUACUUGCAAACUUUAAAAAGUCAACUUUUUCUGGUGAGGGGUGAUCAGCCUUGCUAACUCGGGAUCUCGGCGGGUGUCCUUGUAGUGAACCCAUACGAGCAGUACUAGUAGACCUUUGGUAUUUUACCAAAGCUGAGACACCAUUUAAGCCCAGCUAGGGGCUCAGGCUUUCAAAAUAGGCACAACUGGUUCACCUAUUUUUCUUGCACGCGUUGUUUCCCUUUUUUACCAAACUGAGACAAAUACAGCCUCCAAAAACGAGUACAUCCGUUGAGACACCUGGCCAGCCUGAAAGUCAAGUAAAACCGAGUAAAUGUUUCCAGGAGAAGUUCAACUCGACGACAACUUCCACCUCGACUCCAAGUACCCCCACGACGGUGAAGAAUAACUCAACUUCUACAGCAACGACCCCAACCACUCCAAAACCUAGUCAUUUCAAGAAAAAAUACUCGAAAAAUUCUGAAUUAACAGGCUCGACAGGAACCACGGGUUGGCCAGUCAAAUUCGACCUGACAGGAACAACGAGGGACAUGGGCAAUGGCUUGUAUGUGAGUGACUUUUCAUCAAAAAUCCAUAGAAUUUUCCGAAAAAAUGAGAGAUAAUCAUUACAAAACUCAAUUGCAGCUCAUCGCCGAGAGCUUGAACACCACAGAGAAUUGCACGACGAUUCUCUACCAACUGUAUGAAUUUCGAAACGGGACCCGAUUCUACAAACAAACAGACGAUCCUCAUGGUUGUGUGAGUUUUUUGAGUUCUGAUCUGGGAAAAACUUGAAAAUCUCAGCCGCUAUAGUCUGUUCAGAUUUUGAAUGUCAAGUCGUCGCUCAAGCUCCGCCCCUAAUUGCGCGAUAAACCAAUCAGAGAGCGAGCCACCCACAGAGUGUUUUUGAAUGACUUCAGCACUUGAAAUUAAAAAUCUGAACAGACUAUAGGUAAUUUUCAUACCGUGUUACUUUUUGCAAAAACGUGACCGGGAACCGAACCAGAGACAGUGAAACUCAGGAAAAGCGAUCCCCGGCUUCAUUCGUCACGGUUUCAGGAGAAGAUAAAUUCAACAACAACGUCAACUCCAACUUCAACGACGACCACAAUCCCGAAAAAUGGCACAGUUCCUCCUACACCCAGUACAAAAACUCCAGUAUCGAGUCAAUUUUGAAAUAGAGUACUUCUAAAUAGAUGGACUGAAUCUGCAGAUACAAACUUGACGACAGUUUUGACGACGAAAAGCUCAGUAACAACGAAGACAGCAAGCAGUACAUCAACUACCACUCAAGGUGGAACCAAAUUAUGAGCUCAAAGUUGGAAGUACAUGGUCGCAUUUGGAAUGGCUUGACGCGUAACGAAGCAAAUUUCCUUCUAACCACAAGCAUUUUAUCUCAAGCAGAACGCAACACGACCGCGAUGCUUUGAGCCAAUCCAAAUGCGACCAAGGAGCUUUUCAUUGGUCACAGACAAACUAUAUGGCCGAUUCAAAUAUUUUCAAAAUAUCCUGACUUUUAACACUUCUCAAAAAAUCUUUCUGAAUUGCAGGCAAAAACUCAACGAUAACUAAGAAGAUGAACGGCACAACUACAGCCACGACACCAAGCACUACAACCAGCACAAGUAAUCAUCUCAAAAUAAAACAUAGCGGAAAAAGAUGAAUUUUCCAGUCAAGAACAACACAACGACCUCUGCAGGCUUGCCGUUCACUUGGGACCGGUCCCAGAAGCCCAAAGACUUGGGUAACGGCUUGUAUGUGAGUAUUAUCAUCAAAAUAGACCAUUUUUGAACCUUUUCAAAGCCUCACUUCCAAUUACAGCUCAUCAGCGAAAGAUUGGUUAGAGGGGACGAUUGCACGACGACCCUCUACCAAUUACUACAGUUUGCCGGGAACGGAACCGAGUUCGUUAGAAUGACAAGCGAUCCAGAAGGCUGUGUGAGUUGGACUUGGUCGCACUUGGAAUGGCUCAAAGCGUCGCAUUUCGCUUUUUCACUAUCCAAGCGCAAGUCAUUUCGGGUCGGACGCGUCUAGCCAUUCUACUUGCUUCCAAGUUAGGCAAUACGAUUUUUUUUUUCAGAAUAAGCUAUCUUCAACAGAAGUCUACACAUCGCCAAUGACAACGAAUCAAGGUAGUUUUAGAUACAGUUCUCCAAGCUACCGUAAUACUAAAGUACUCCAAGCUACCGUAACUACAGUAAAACGGGUAGUACUGCAGUAUUACUGUAGCUAGUAGAACAGUACUUCAUGCUACUGUAAUACUACAGUACUCCAUGCAAGCGUGAUACUACAGUAAAACGGGUAGUACUGCGGUAUUACUGUAGCUAGUAGAACUGUACUCCAUGCUACCGUAAUACUAAAGUACUCCGAGCUACCGUAACUACAGUAAUACGGGUAGUACUGCAGUAUUAUUCUAGCUUGUAGCACUGUAGUACUAGUACUACAGUAAUGCCGUUAUCACUGUAGUAUUACGGUAGCUUGAAGUACUGUAGUGUUACGGUAGCUUGGAGUACUGGCUACACACUACUGAGGAUCUAUAACCGAAAAAAGGAUAAACCUACAGUAACCCCUGUCUCGUACAGUACCAAAAAAACCCCGAAAAUUACAGACAACACUUGUGAUCCAAAAUCAAUCGACUGGAGCAACGCCGACACGUCGAAUGUCUCAUCAGAAGCUUAUCAAAACGGUAUUUCGCUUUUUAAAAAUAAGAAGAAAUCCCUUAAGGGACCACUAUCCGGCAAAACUGCAAGUCGGGCUACGUUUUCGACGACGGAACCCCGAUGAAAAUCUACCAGUGUGUGGAUUCACAAUGGAUCGGUUAUCAUGGCUACGUUUGCGGAGGUUAGAUGUUCAUGGUCGCAUUUGGAAUGGCUCAAGCGGCCGACCUAAAACGGUUUUCGCGGAAGUGCAUCGGAGAAGCGUCCUGAGCCAUGCGACCACGGUCGAUUCCUGAUGAAAAAUCAAUUUCCAGAAAAAACUUGCGCCCAACUCGAGCUUGACAUGACCAAUACCUUGCUUCCUGACGCCUCUGAUGAAAAACUUAAAGGAGAUCAGCCAGCUGGCACUAGAAUUGUUCAGACUUGUCAGCCAAAGUUUGUCUUUUCCUAA